AUGCUGCGUCGAACACGAAGAGCCCCAACGGCAUGCUUAUGGUGUCAUCAUAGGAAGGUACGGUGCGACGCAUCCAUUCAGGGUUGUCCAUGUACGCGUUGCCGUCAGGAUGGCCGUGAUGACUGUGUGCUUCGUCGCAAGUUUUCAAAACAAAACCGCGCCACCACGCCGAGGGAGUCCUCACCGGUCGGAAAGGAGACUGAAGUGACUUUAAUAAGUCCUCUGAUAACCCCUGAGAACCAAACUCCUGCAGAUAUUCGGCCUUCGCAAUUUGAUUCCGCCGACCUUGUGAACGUGGACGGCAAUCGCUUUUUGAACUUUGAUGAUCUGAACUGCUUGCCUCUUGAGAACAUUACAUUCUUGUACUCCCAGGGAGCUCUGGAAAUACCAAGUCGCAAUCUGACUCAUGAGUUUGUUGAAUCCUAUUUCAAAGAGAUUCAUCCAAUGGUUCCAGCCCUGGAUGAGGCCCAGUUUUGGAAAGCAUUUCUUGGUCACGCCGAUCACACGAUUUCAAUCUUCGUUUUCCAAGCUUUACUUUUUGUGAGCUGCUCAUUCGUCAGUCUUGAUAUAUUGCGCAAGUGUGGUUUCAUUGACAAGAGAGAUGCUCGGGCCAAGCUUUAUAGCAGGGCAAAGCUCCUUUUCGACCUGAAAGUGGAAUCCAAGCCGUUUGCAAAGGCUCAAGGUGCUAUCCUUCUCACUCAUCACACCUCGGCAGAGUCUCCACUGGCAGGGAGUAUGUGGCUCACAUGUGCCAUCGAAAAUGCUAUGAUGAUAGAUGCGCAGCCGUCCAGUUCUGUGGAAGAUGUAAGCGAUUCAAUGAGAAAACGGGUGUGGUGGUCAAUCUUGCUGCGCGAUAGAAGUCUCUGCAUUGGUCUCCGACGCAGACCCCAAGUAACGUCAAUAAAUAUCUAUGGAUGUCGCGACAUGCUGGAAGAGACCGAUUUUGCACAUGAGAUGCAUAGUUCGGAAGUGCACAGUUAUCAAAGCAAAAAGGCACUGCUCUUAGCUUUACAAGAGCAAUGUCAACUGGCAGUCCUUCUGACAGACCUCACCUCCCUCAUAUUCGCUCCCCGAGUGAGGUAUGGUGAAGUCUAUGAUCCCGAUGAAUGCGGAGCUUUGAUGCAAACACUCGCAAGUAUCAAGAAUCCAUUGGUUCAAUGGUGGAUCCACGCUCAGUCUCGUCAAUUAUCUGAGAACAGCCGAUCUCUCAGCGUGUCUAGCACGUUACGAAAUCUCACAUCGAUGUAUUAUCACGCUGCCCGAGUGGACCUGGCGCAAUACCUGGCCCUUCUGAUCGAAGAAAACCCCAACGUGCCAGCUGAUAUAUACAAGAAGACCAUUUUGGAGAUUGGAAGCGACUUGAAGGCUGGAAUAGAUGGCCUCAAUGCGACCAUGAAGUUCUUCAGCACACAUGAUGUCAAUUCCCUGCCUCUCAGUGUACUUGGAUAUGUUGGAAUGCCGCUUGUUCUAGCUGCCAUCGAUUUGAAACUCUCCAACAAACCGUCUGAAACUACAUCUCGACAGAAGGUUGUCGAUUUUCUCAGCAAAAUCGUUCGACACGCAGAAUCCCUCUAUGAUGUUACUGAUUUCGUGGCUGCUGGAACCAAUCAAAUUCUCCAACUUGCCUACGUAACAACCCAGGACUUCUUUCUCUCUGCAAACAGUGCUAUCCGCCAUUCAAGCCCUGAUACGAGUUAUGAUUCAGGUGGUGGAAGAAGUGCAGUGGCACAGAGAACGCGUAAAGGUCGUGCGCGGGCAGGUGAAACUUCUCGAGCAACGAACUGGUUAGAAGCAUAUAUAAGAUGUCCGCGCGCUUACCUUUUGAUUUCUACAUCUGUGGAUUAUAGUCUUUCAGUGGGUCGCCUGCCGGGUGGGAAUUCCCUUCCUUCCUUAGUGCGCGAGAUUGCUUCAAUGUGCUCCAUGGCACAACUUCCAUGGACAGUUCAAUCUAAACCGUUCAAUAAAACGCAUGUUACUCGCCUGAUGCUAGAGCCUCAGCUCAGUCCUGUGCGACCAGGGUUGGUGCAAUCAAACAAGACAAACUGCGGAUCCGAGGCCCACGACGGGAGCUUGGAGCUUGUAUUCUCAACACCGAGAGAUAGACGACCAUCUCCCAUAAAUGACUUUGAAGCGAGCAAAAACAAGGAUGAUCAACAACAUGAUCAAACCAGUCAAGGAGGGCAUGCAGCAGUACAAGGGCUCGUUAAUCUUGAUUUUCUCGAGUUUGAUGCAAAUACCUGGGGCAUUCCGCAGCCAGCCACAGGUAGGUACCACUGUUCCGGUCGUUUGGCCAACAUUUGGCCGUCUCACUUCACGCCUGACUCUUUAUCAGAAUGUCACGUUUGGGAGACCACAGAAGGGGACAACGGCUUUGAUUGGUCUCACCUAUCAUUGGAUUAUGUAUGA